GGUGAAGGCGCCGGGGGCUGCGGGACCGUUGGCUGGUGCGAGCCUGAACGCGCCAUGUUAAUAAAGAGACGGGGGAGUGGGCGCUCCCUCCCACCCGUGUAGCGUGCACGCCCCUCUCCCUCGCGUCGCCGGCCUCGUUUGUCUGUAGCGUUGCGACAGCCGCUUUAGCGGGCUGCGCUGGCGUCAGGGAGCGCCGCCGAAUGAGGGGCCGGGGGAGAUGCCGACCAAUUGCGCCGCGGCGGGCUGCGCCGCCACCUACAACAAGCACAUUAACGUCAGCUUCCACAGGUUUCCUUUGGAUCCUAAAAGAAGAAAAGAAUGGGUUCGCCUGGUUAGGCGCAAAAACUUUGUGCCAGGAAAACACACUUUUCUUUGUUCAAAGCACUUUGAAGCCUCCUGUUUUGACCUAACAGGACAAACUCGACGACUUAAAAUGGAUGCUGUCCCAACCAUUUUUGAUUUUUGUACCCAUAUAAAAUCUAUGGUGCUCGUAGCUUUAUUUUCCAUGACAGAUCUUGACGACAAUACAUGCAAAAAAUACAUAAAGAUGAUUACUAAUAUCGUAGUAUUGAGCCUGAUCAUUUGCAUUUCCCUAGCAUUCUGGAUUAUGUCAAUGACCGCUAGCACCUAUUAUGGUAGCUUGCGGCCUGUUUCUCCUUGGCGUUGGCUAUUCUCCAUUGUCGUUCCUGUUAUGAUUGCCUGGAAUGGCUUUAAAAAGAAAAGUCUAGAUCACAGUGGGGCUUUAGGAGGGCUGGUGGUUGGAUUUAUCUUAACCAUUGCAAAUUUCAGCUUUUUUACCUCUUUGCUGAUGUUUUUCCUUUCAUCUUCUAAACUCACUAAAUGGAAAGGAGAAGUGAAGAAGCGUCUAGAUUCAGAGUAUAAGGAAGGAGGCCAGAGGAAUUGGGUUCAGGUGUUCUGUAAUGGGGCCGUGCCCACGGAGCUGGCCCUGCUGUACAUGAUAGAAAAUGGCCCCGGGGAAAUGCCCAUAGACUUUGCCAAGCAGCCCACUGCUUCCUGGAUGUGUUUGUCACUCUUAGCUGCACUGGCCUGCUCUGCUGGUGAUACCUGGGCUUCUGAGGUUGGCCCGGUACUGAGCAAAAGCUCACCUCGGCUAAUAACAACCUGGGAGAAAGUUCCAGUCGGGACCAACGGAGGAGUCACAGUGGUGGGACUCACCUCCAGUCUCCUCGGUGGUACCUUUGUGGGCCUGGCCUACUUCCUCACACAGUUGGUGUUCGUGAGUGACUUAGACAUCUCCGCUCCGCAGUGGCCCAUUAUUGCCUUUGGAGGUCUGGCUGGCUUACUAGGGUCAAUUGUGGACUCAUACUUAGGGGCAACCAUGCAGUUUUCUGGCCUGGAUGAAAGCACUGGCCUGGUGGUCAGCAGCCCAGCCCGGGAGACCAAGCACAUAGCAGGGAAGCCCAUCUUGGAUAACAAUGCCGUGAACCUGUUCUCCUCAGUUUUGGUCGCCCUCUUGCUCCCAACAGCUGCUUCGGGGUUUUGGCCCUGAGAGUGAACUUUCUUUCUUUCCCAAUUGGUUGAUACUGAAAUCAUCUCAAUGGCACUUCUGUAAGAGGCACCCUCAGGUUCUCCCGUGCAGAAUUACUAUCUCCCACAGUCUGUGCUUUAACUGUAGAGGCUAUGACCGCUGAACAUUCAUCUCCCUGAGUCCCGAGGUGGAUGCGACCAGAACAGAUCAUUCAAGCUUCUGCUACCACAUCUUUCCCACCGUGGUGGGCUGUGUCCUCCAACAAGCACAUGGUAGAAGGAGAGAACAGAGUCCCUCAGGUUGUCUUCACACACACACACACACACACACACACACACACACACACACACACACACGCACACACGCACGCACACAUGCACGCGCACACACACAGAGGGAGGGCGGGAGAAUGUAAAAAACAUACAGAAAUAACUAAAUGACAGUAUUUCCCUACCAAUUUUUGCCUUAAACAUAAAUUAUUAAAAUCUAUAAUCAAAGGCA